AUGCAGCUGGCGGCCUACGCGAAGGACGCCCAGUGGGAGAUGGCCAUCAUGCUCCUGAGGCAGGCGCGCGUGCUUUCGAGGAGAAGCAGCACCAGCAGCGAGGAGGAUGAAAGGAGACCAGACACAACAGCCACAGUUGUAAGCGAUAUCAUGGAGGAAGGGGAGGAGGAGGAGGAGGAGGAGGGGGGGGGCAAUGACGUGGCGAAGAGAAGGUACGGCGUUCACCCCAGCGGAGACAACCUCGGCGUUUCCGUCACCUCUACUUCCGCCGCGGAGGAGGAGAAGGAGGAGUGGCCGCUGGCGGUGCCGGCGGUCGAACCCAACGUGGUGUCGUACAACAACGUCAUCACGGCCUGCGCCAACGCCAAGAAGCAGAAGAGGGCGGAGGGCAUCUUCCGCGAGAUGACCAAGGAGCGGGGCAUCCGCCCGAACGUCUUCACCUACGGCGCGCUCAUCAGCGCGUGCGCCAAGCGGGGGAACUGGGAAGACUCGGUCAACUACCUCGAGCAAAUGCGUCAGUCUGGGCUUGCACCGAACGCCGUCAUCUACUCGACCGUCAUCAGCGCCUGCGAGCGGAGCGACCAGUGGCAGAAGGCGGUCAAGCUCCUCCGCACCAUGCGGAGGGACGGCAUCCUCCCCGUGACCGUCACGUACAACACCGUCAUCAGCGCCUGCGGCAAGAGCGGGCAGUGGUCCCUUGCUGUGAGCCUGCUGGACGAGAUGUCGGACAUGGGGUGCCCGCCGGGCCCGGUUACCUUCGCCAGUGCCAUGCUGGCCUGCGAGCGAGCGAGGCAGUGGCACCACGUCCUCCGCAUCAUGGACCAAAUGCAAGAAGACGAGGUGUGGGUGGACAAGUACGCCUACACCACCGCCAUCCACGCCGCGGGGCAGCUGGGGAAGUGGGCCCGGUGCGUCCGCUACCUGGACGAGAUGGACUCGAACGGCGUGGCCAAGGACGUGGUGACCGUUAGCGUGGCCAUCAGCGCCUGCGCCGACAAGGGCCAGUGGGCACAGGCGGAGAAGCUUCUGGAGGACAUGCUGGACGACGGCCUCACCCCCAAUGUCAUCACCUACACGUCGCUGAUGGUGGUGUUGAGGAGGGGCGGCCAGCACGAAAGAGCCAUCAAGAUCCUCGACCUCAUGAGAUCCAAGGGAGUGAUGCCCAAUGUGCGGACCUACAGCGUGGCCAUAGCGGCGUGCGCGGAUGCUAAGGAGUGGCGGCGGGCCUUGGCGCUCCUGAAGGAGAUGGAGAGGGAGGGCGUGUCGCCCAACGAGAUCUCGUACAACACGGCCAUCCGUGCCUGCGGCGACGCCGGGCAGCUGUCGGAGGCCCUCGACCUCAUGGACGAGAUGGAGAGUAGGGGGGUGAAGGCAUCGGUCGUCACGUACGGGACCGCCGUGGCCGCUUGUCAGAGGGCCGCAGACUGGAAGAUGGCCCUGGAGCUGCUGGCUGCGAUGCGCCGGGAGCAGAUCGAGCCGAACGAGAUCGUGUACGGAGGGAUAAUCAAGGCGUGCUGCGCCGCCGGCCAAGCCUCCAAGGCCCUCGUUGAUGCCGACCAGAUCGAGGAGGCUAUCCAGCUGUUCAACAAGCUACAGGCGCGGAGAAACUGCUCCGUAACCAUCCACUCCUACACCCCUCUGGUGGACGCGCUCACCCGCGAGCUCCGGUGGCAGGAGGCGAUCAUGCUCUUCCAAGAGAUGGAGGACAGAAAAAUCAUGCCCACGGUCCAGUGCUACACCAGCGUAGUUCGAGCGUGCGAGCGUUCGGGACAGUACGACGUUGCCCUCCGACUCCUGGACGACAUGCGCAAGAAGAGGAUGCGCUUCUACGACAUCGGCAUCCUCGAUGAGCUCUUCAAGAGGCUGCUCGCCGGGCUUUCCCUCCUCAGGGGCCGCGGGGGCCCCGGGGGCGCCAAGGGCAGGGGGGGGGCUCCCAGGAUCGGUAGUAGCCGGGCCCCCGCGGGGUCCCCGCCCCUCCCCGCCUCGCAACCCUACGGUCCUGAUGAUGCCAAGGACGAGGAAUGAAGAGGCGGCGAGAGAGCAGCAGCGUACUUUUUGGUGCAGGCACAUGGAGAGAAAUGAAUGAAGCACGUCGGGAUUGAUGGAGAGGCGCUGCUGCGCGUUUUGUUCUUUUGUGUCCGCCACCGCGUUCGAUUUUGUGGUUUUGGUAAGGUUAAGGAACGGUCCGGCGGACAUGCCAACGAUUGAUUGUAUAUUUCAUAGAUUGCCCUGUCUCGGUGAAGGGAAGAUGUCAGUGCGGGUGGGUGGGUGCAUGCGUUUGUUGCGUUGUUUGUUGUGUACGAUUGCUGAUUUGAUAUAACAGACAUGCCCGAGAGAGAGAGAGGGAGAGAGAGAGACAGGCAAGUAGACAGAGGUCUUGUGUGCCACCUGUGUGUGUGACACCGAGACGGAGACAGAGACAAGAGAGAAACAGAAGCAGCAGGCAGACAAGAAAAACAAACACUCCGUCGACUAUUUAUGUAGCAACAGUCUACCAGUCUGUAGAUAGAUGGGUGACAUCCAACGGCAUCUAUCUAUCUCUUCCCCUGAAGCUUGAGAAAAUUCACCCAGACUUGCUCUAGAGUUGGAGGCGUGGUACGUUGCUUGGUGUUGGUCCCGUUGCAACCGCUGUCUGCCCCCGACCUCGACCUGGUUUUCGUUGCUCGAAU